UCGUCUCGUCACUUUUGUUCUCUGAGCUCGAAGACGAAGAUGACGGUUGAAGCAGUGAACCCUAAGGCGUAUCCGCUAGCUGAUUCUCAGCUAUCGAUAACGAUCCUGGAUCUUGUUCAACAGGCGACUAACUACAAGCAGCUCAAGAAGGGAGCUAAUGAAGCUACCAAGACAUUGAACCGUGGGAUCUCUGAGUUCGUGGUUAUGGCUGCCGAUGCAGAGCCCCUCGAGAUCCUUCUUCAUCUUCCUUUGCUUGCCGAAGAUAAGAUUUCUCAGGAUUCUCAGACGCCUAAGAAGCUAUUCUUAGCUAAUGUGCCGUAUGUGUUUGUACCUUCGAAACAAGCGUUGGGAAGAGCAUGCGGUGUAACAAGACCCGUGAUUGCUUGUUCGGUAACAUCGAACGAGGCAAGCCAGUUGAAAUCACAGAUUCAGCAGCUCAAGGAUGCUAUAGAGAAGCUCCUCAUCUAA